GGGGGUUUUGGGGCAGCGUCAGCCAAGCGACCAUUUAAUUUUCGUUUUGCCGUGGAACCGUUUGGCGCAAGCGACGUGCGCGUUGUUCUGAACAAUUUGGAAAAUGUCGAGUAAAAGCGGUUCGUGAUUCAAUUUUGAUUUUCGUCGUUCUGUGCUCGCAUUGAUAACCACAACAAUAAUCGAAUACCGUUAUACAGCAGCGUCAUCUAUCGGUGGAAAUUGAAGCUAAAACAAAAAAUCGUGCCAACUUGUUGCGUUUGUUUUGUUUUUCUAGUUUUCAAUUGCCCGUCUGUGUUCGAGUGUGUUUGAGUGUGUGUGUUUUUGUGUGUGUCCAAAACUUUGACUACCUAUAUCCGCCGGAAGCACCAUAACUGGCCAGAACAAGUGCAAAGCCCCUGAACUCAACACAACAGUCUCUCCUUCCUCGCCUCCUCCCCCUUCAGUACAACUCUUCCCACACUUCCAUAUGGCAGCUACAGCUCCAAACUGAGCAGGCAAGUGAACAUUGGGCAAGCAUCGGAGGCAUUUACUCGAAUCAACAUGUCAUUGGAUAAUCCCUGUUAUUUCUGCAAUGACACCAAAUCGCCCCGCACCCCGGACUCGCAGUCGUCGGGCAAGGGUUUCUCAAUAUUCAAACGUCGCAACUCCAAGGGCAGCAGCCCGCGGCCAUUGGCCGGCAAUCCGGAACAGAUGCGUCUCAUGACAUCGGCCAACUUGGAUACAACAGCAACAAUGGCCUUUGGCAGCCCUCGCGGCAGCUUCAACUCUCUAGGCGGUUUCUCACAACACUCGUUUGAACUGCAGCCGCUGAUGUAUCGCCAACGAUCGUCGAAUUCGCAUUCGGAAUCAUUUCGCGAGCGUCUUGGCUCCUGCAAUGAGACGCACAGCUCUCAGUGCCCUGGAGGUGGCAUCUCCGAGCACGAUGAGGUCUUCAAUGCAAGCAAAUCCCAACGUCAUCAUACGCUGCCAAGUGGAGGAAACAACAGCAGCGGCACACGUCGCCAUUCGUUUGGCAACUGGGCACAACAACAGCAGCAUCAACAGCAUCAGCAGCGACAGCUCAACACAUCUGGCAGCUCGACGUGCACAUCGCCAUUGAUUGGACCCAGCUCGCCGGAUGAGGUGCCCAGCAUGUUGGCCCCACGUCCGCCAGUGGUGUCGCCAAACAAAUUUCGCGGCAGCUCCUAUCGCAGUCGCAGAGACAACUGCGGCAACGUGAACAACACAAACGGAACACCAGCAACCGGCUACGGCUUCGGUCAGCCGGGUUACAACAUGGACGACAUUCUGAUCGUCACUGCCAAGCACAGUGAACGCGCCUAUCUGCGCGCCACUUUCCUGAAGAACCAUUUCGACAAGAUCACCAAGCAGCGCGGACGCAAACCAUUCAAUUUUCUGCACAUUAAAAUUGAUGAUGGCCCCUUCAGCGAGGAGAUCGCCCAGAAAUAUCAGAAUACAGCACUACAGAUUUUCAUAUUGUGUCCCGCCUUGCUGGCACUACCACACAGCUUUUUGAUGACCCAGUUUUCGUCGAUCAUACGCGUAGAAAAGGUGCUGGCCAUACUGCUGGAUGUGGGCGAGGAUAAGGUCAAGGAGAUGCACAAAACGGCGCUGCCCAGCUACUACAAGUGGCGUCGUUGUGUGGUGCGUGACAAUGAUCAGGCGCAGAUCAGCAACAUACUCGGCAUUGCCACCGAUAUCUUGGGACGUGCGUUGUGCCAACGGCCUCCGUGUCAGGACAACAGUAAUAGCAGCAACAACAACAGCAUUUCACGCAGCUUGUCCAGCUGCUCGGAGGGAUUCACUGUGCUGCCAAAGAAGGUGAAACAGGGUCAGAACAAAGUGUUGGCUAUGCUCGCCGAGCCACUCAAACCCAACGAUGCCCUCAAACUGCUCGUGGAGAAAUCGGGUGAACUGAUUGAAAUCAGGAACUUCAAGUGUCGCAAUCCCUAUACCAUACAGUUUGCCAUACCUGAAUCCUGCAUGGAAAUCUCCACAAUGAUCGAGAUACGCAUCGAGAAGAAUAACAAGAGCCUCGGAGCACGUCCCAUCAAAUGCGAGAGUCGUCUGCGUGAACUAGAGCAACUACUGCGCAUCGAGGAUUCGCCCAUUGAGUUCAUGUGUCAUGCGCUGGGCGUGGGUCCGCUGGAGCGUGAUGCACUCGAUCAGCAUUUGCUGCAGUGCUUCCAACGCAACAUGCCACCCAAUUUCCAUCUGCUCAAUGGUCCCUAUGAGCGUCAACCGCACUUCUUCUCACGCCUCGAGUCCAGUCCCGAAGAGUAUCCCACACUGUUGCAUUUCGCCGCACGUUGGGGCUUCAAUCGGUUGUGCCUGCAGCUGAUGGAGUGUCCGGGUGGCGACACCGCUUGUGGCGUUCGCAAUUGUGCGGGACGCACACCCGCCGAGCUGGCCGAGCAGGAGGGACACCACAAGUUGGCACAGAAUAUUGUCAGCUUCUCGGAGUUUCACAAUCUCACCAUGGUCUAUCAUUACUUCAAGGGCAUUGAGAAUCCCAGCAGCGGAGCCAGCAGCCCGGGAGCACAAACAAAGCCAGCAACAGCAGCAACAACAACAGCGGCUGCCAAGAAUCCUCCACCAACUCAAGUCGUGAUUGGAGCGCUGCCCGCAUCGCCGCGAGCCAAGCCGCCAAAGCAGCUGCCCACAGCCGCUGAGUACAUGGAAAUGUCGAGCGGUUCGGAGCGUGAAAAUACGCCCGAGGUGCGUGCCAAGACUGAGACAAUGGCCAUAUCGAAUCUCAACUACAUCAGCGUGGAGACCGAAGAUGAGAAUCUGCAGUGCAGUGCCACCGAGAAGCAUCUCGAGAGCAGCAAAGUCCUCGAAACUCCAACCACAACAGGACCUGCUCAAACAACAAAUGAAUUGCGCAUCAAUGAACCGCCAUACUAUCAAUCCAAGGAGCAAAACAAAUCCCAAGAUGUGGUCGACGGUGCUGCGGCAACAGACAAAUUCAGCCAGGAGUGUUCACAGCUGCUCGAAGCGAAUGCAGCUGGCAAUGAUUAUGUAAUGCAACCCUCCAACAUACCAGUGCAGCAGCCCGACGAUGGCAACUAUCUGUUUCAGCCCUCCAAUCGGCCAGUGGAAGAGCCACUGCGUCCCAGUCGCUCGACCAUGAGGUUGCCCCAAGUGACACCAGCUUAUGGCACACUGAAGCGCAGUGCCAGCGAUGCCUCGAGCAGCACACGAGCCAAUGCCGACGAUGAGCUCGCAGAGAUUAUGCAUGACUUCAAGAACAAUGUUUUGUCGUUGGGUGAGGUGGAGUUGCUGGUGGAGAAGUGGAAGCAUCGCAAUGAUGUGCAGCAAAGCUUUCGCGAGAAACAGGAGCAGAUCGAUCAAAUGCGACGCGAGUAUGUGCGCAUCAAUGAUCUCGUCAAGCUGCAAAUGAAACGCGACACGCCCUUCGAGCGCAUCAAGAAAUUAUUCUCCCGGCAAAAGGCUGCAACCGAAAAGCAACAGCACAGUCAAAGCUGCGCCGACAGUCUGCUGGAUGAGACCAAGAGUUCCAUUGCCACCAGUUGCAGUCUCAAGUCAUCGGCACGUCCCAUUAGCUCGCUGAGUCUGCAGAGCGUUUCCAGCUCCAGUUCGUCGUCGGGUCGCCUCAGCACUGGCAGCAAUUGCAGCGGCGCUUCGCUCGGUGAUUCGGGCACGCAUUCCGAUCACGAGGAUCGCCGACAGUUUGGCUGCCGCCUGGGAAAUCCUGGCACGCUGUUGGACAACUAUUUGGUGCCGCCACCGCCGCGUCCAGUGUUUACGCCCGUCUCAACACCAGGCGAUGAACGCCAUCAGAUCGUCUUCCCAUCGCCCAUGUCGAGCUGUUCGCGCCUGCACACGCCCACAAGUCCGACGGGCUCGGAUCAUUAUCAGAUGUUUCCCUCGAACAUACCCGUCUAUGGCAAUGGAAACGGAGGCAGUCAACCGUUGUCCACAUCACAGAGCAGUAGCUAUCUAAACACCAUCAUGGAAACAAAGGAGCAAGAUACUCAGCAACACUAUCAGAAUGGUGUUACCCUACAACCGAUUAAGCUGAACGAACGCCCCAACAUCAUCUAUGGCAAACUGACCAAGAGCAAUUCCAGCAACGGCUGCAGCUCCUUCAAGCCCAAACAGGUUGCCUGCCCCCAAGUGGGUUGCAUUGAAGUUCAGGCUGAGGUCUAUCAAAAUGUGGGCCAAGACACAACUGCGACAACAUCCGAAGCCGUUGGCAAAGAGCAGGCCACAGAGUCGCCCAACUACAUGAACUGUUAAUCUGCUCCAUUGUAUUGUACACAUCUCGUAGCUGUUUAAGUUUUCAUAUCACACACAUACGUAUUGUCUAGGCAUAGGUUUAAGUAUGAAUAAGGAGUACUAUAUACAAAUAUAUAUCGAAAUCUGCUGGAAUGAGUAUAAACUAGUUAAACGAGUGCUUCGAACAACAUAAGUAAUACAUUAUUUUAAUGGUAUCUCUAUGUCUCGACUCCAUUUAGUUGUACAUUACAUUUUUUUAUAUUAUGUAUUAUCUGUAUAAUUAUCAUUAUCGUUAUCGAUCUGUACAUUAUUUUUUUGGCAACGAUUGCAAGCAACCAAAACAACAAAACAUAUCUUAGUGUUUAAGCUGCAAGAAGGUCUCGGCACCAACGAAUUGCGAUUAUGUAAUUCUAGCUCUAAGUAUUCCCCGCGCAUAUAAUACUAUAUUUUAUUUUACUACCAUAUGCUACAAUAUUUCUCCUAUUCGUAAGCCUAGCAUGCAGCGCUAAAGCAUAAACACUUUUGUUCGCACAAAGUUUAACGCAAUAAACGUAAUUCUUUAAACAA